CUUCCUCUGCCUCCAUUUCCUGCAUCCGGGCUGAGCUCCUCGCCUUUCCUUUUUCUUUACACAUUGUUUUUCCUUGUGUUUAGACCCACGAUGUAACCUGUAGGGGACACGGAAAGUACAAAGGUGAUAGGAACCCCCAGGACACUCGGGGGGUCCCCAGGCAGAUGGCUUGGCGUGCCCUCCUCCUGCACUCUGUGUCCUGGAGCUCUGGCCGCUGCCAGCUGUGUUCGGGGACUGCCCCUUCGUUCGGGGACUGCCUGACAUUGUGUCCGUCCUUUCCUGGUAGAGAUAAGGUGACUGACUCGAGUGCUCACUCACGGUGCUUUGAUCACAGUGAACCAAACAAACAAGUGGACGGCCCAGCAUGCCCACGGUGGAUCCGCCUGUUUAUGUCAGAGUGUGGACUUUUAUUUUUAAGAACAAACUUUUUGGACGUCGGAGUAGGAGCGUUGAGCUGUUUCACUGCAGAGGCAAGGGUGCUGCCCUCUGGUUUGGUUCAGAGCUGGUGCUGUGACCAUCUUGUAGAGGAUGGACAUUGGGUGGUCGUUUCUUCCUGAUGGCAGUGGGUGGGGGGGAGGCACGCAAGGACAAUGCAGAGCAGGGGGCUCGCCUUCCUAUCAGUGAGGACCCGGGGUGGGCUUUCCCGGGGCCCCUUGACUCUCAGUGUGGGAUUAGAAGUGCGGUCCCAGGCUCCGUCCCCCUGCCUCUGCGUGGAGCUCUGCUGUAGAUGCUGCGGUCCUGCUGCCCCACAUCCCCUACAGGUGGCCGCCAUUUGGCUGGAUGAAGGAAAGGCCUCCCGGUCUCAACACAUGGGUUUUAUUUUUAUUUUAUUUAUUUUUAAGUAGGCGCCACACCCAACAUGGGGCUCAAACUCACAACCUUGAGAUCAAGGGUCACACACUCCACCGGCCGAUCCAGCCAGGUGCCCCAUUAACACAUGCAUUUUAGUUACGUUGCAGGUACCUGAAGCGAUCUCUUUGGAUGAAGAGGGCCCUGAGGAAGUUUCCAGGGCCAAGAGGGUGGCACGGACAGGUCGAGGAAGCAUUUGACUCACCAGGCUGUAGUGAAGGCAGCUGACCGGAGAUAUCCCGAUGUGUUGGAGAAUCUCAUUCCGGUGCCGUGUUCUCGCGGGCACGGCACGCACCUGGAGUGGCACCGUGGGUUCGGCUGCUGGCCGGCGGCCUCCCGAGGGGCUGCCGACCGCUCCCCCCGUACCUGCCAGCUGUGAGGGCCCCUCCCCUGUUCAGACCCCGGAGAGGGAAAUCCAACUUCUGAGGAGGUUGCGGCACAAAAACGUCAUCCAGCUGGUGGACGUGUUGUACAAUGAAGAGAAGCAAAAAAUGUAUAUGGUGAUGGAGUACUGCGUGUGCGGCAUGCAGGAGAUGCUGGACAGCGUGCCCGAGAAGCGCUUCCCCGUGUGCCAGGCCCACGGGUACUUCUGCCAGCUGGUGGACGGCCUGGAGUACCUGCACAGCCAGGGCAUUGUGCACAAGGACAUCAAGCCAGGCAACCUGCUGCUCACCACGGGCGGCACCCUCAAGAUCUCCGACCUGGGUGUGGCCGAGGCCCUGCACCCCUUUGCCGAGGACGACACGUGCCGGACGAGCCAGGGCUCCCCAGCGUUCCAGCCCCCUGAGAUCGCCAACGGCCUGGACACCUUCUCUGGCUUUAAGGUGGACAUCUGGUCGGCUGGGGUUACUCUCUAUAACAUCACGACAGGCCUGUACCCAUUCGAGGGGGACAACAUCUACAAGUUGUUUGAGAACAUCGGGAAGGGAGACUACACGAUCCCGGGUGACUGCGGCCCCCCGCUCUCGGACUUGCUGAGAGGUGAGGCCCUCGGGACGGCACCUGUGGGGCUGGAGGUGUCGGGAACGGGCUGCCAGCGGGUGUUGGGGGUCCUGGGGGUUUUCUACAGACCACUGGCCUCUGGAGAGCUGGGUUUCAUCUCUGCAGCCCCACGCCCCACGUGCCCGGCCUGUCCCCCACCCCACCCAAGGAAUGGGCCCAGUUAGUGGAGAGUGGCUGGCAGGAUCAGCUCUGGAGGCUGAGGCUGAGGCUGAGGCUGGGAGGGGCAUUGCUGACUUCCUUGGGCCCUACUGCCUGCUUGGGGCCUUGGUUCCACCCUCUUCUGGCCCCCUAGCCCCCCCCCCCCCCCCCCGCUGGUUUCUUCCUGCUGCGUGUCCCAGGCUGUGCAGCAGGGGGCGCUGUGCGUCCGACGCAGGGCCCUGGCCGGGGUGGCACCUCCCCUCCGCCCCGCAAGGGGCGGGGCUGCCACAGCUGGCCUCCUGGGGUUCCUGGAUGUUUGUUUUCAGGGCCCGGUGGGUGAUGAUCUGGCUCCUCCCGAGCACCCCCUCAGGUGUGAGUGGUACCUAAGAGCUGUCACCGAGACAGCGCCUCGGAGUCUGUCCCUGCCUGUAGUCCUUAGGCGUGUAACUGACUUUACGCUGGGCUCGCGGUGGAUGUUCAGUUUCUAGACCUCCUGUGACUUCAGUUGAAGGAGUAGAUUCACGUUACUUCACGUGCUCUUGAGAGUUUCCCGAUAACUGAGGCAGGCCGGCGCUCACGUUUCCGUUAAGAUGAAACAAGGCUGGGGCUGAGGCUGGGGCUGCAGCGGCCGAACUCCAAGCGCUGGGCAGCCUGCGCGGCGCCCCCCUCCCUCUGGGGCCCUGCCCGGACAGCCACCCCAGGACCCGCGAAGGCGAAGGCGGCUGAGCACGCAGCCCAGGGUGUUCUGGGAACAGGGGAAGCAGCUCUGCCCUGUUCCCGGUGCGCGCUGUGGCCCAGCCCGCCUGCUGCUCAGACCUGGCCUUCUCCCCCCACCCCACCCCCCGCCCCCGGUUCUCCCUGGAAGCUCCUGGGCACUCUGGAGGAGGGUUGUGAUGUCCACCCUCCUUGUCCUCGAGUGC